AUUCAUCGGCGACGUAUUUUUACGAGUACGGUGUCCUUUGAAACUCGGCUCAUAAUUAUAAGUAUACCGCGAAAAAUAAGGAAUUGAGAGGAAAUGUCAAACCGGGAUGACAAACUUGAAUCAUGAUGCAGCUUGGCCUUGCCCUUGGUUUCAAAUAGUAGGAUUCAGGAGAGUUGAUCGCGGAUACUCAAGAUUUCAAAAUGAUGAGGAUUAAAGAAGAAGAGGAUACAAACAUCAGGAUUAAGCAAGAAGAUAAUACAAACAUCAGGAUUGAGGAAGGAGGUGAUACAGAUAUCAGGAUUAAACAAGAAGAUGAUACAAACAUCAGGAUUAAGCAAGAAGAUGAUACAACUAUGAUCAGGAUUAAACAAGAAGAUGAUACAACUAUGAUCAGGAUUAAACAAGAAGAUGAUUCAAAUAUGAUCAGGAUUAAACAAGAAGAUGAUUCAAAUAUGAUCAGGAUUAAACAAGAAGAUGAUACAACUAUGAUCAGGAUUAAACAAGAAGAUGAUUCAAAUAUGAUCAGGAUUAAACAAGAAGAUGAUUCAAAUAUGGUCAGGAUUAAGCAGGGAGAUGCUACAUAUGUUGUCAGGAUUGAACGAGAAGAUAAUACAAAUUUGGUCAGGAUUGAGCAAAGAGAUGCUACACAUGUUAUCAAGAUCAAGCAAGAAGUAGAAGAGGAGGACACAAGCUUCAAUGCUUUCACAGAUAAAAUGGGGGAGAAAGAAGAGGAGGUGAAAGAAAAUCGCGCUGUCAAGUUUGGAUCUUGCGGUUUGAUGUCUGUUGAUGAAGGAGAUAUUGCUGGACAAACACAAGACUUAAAAGAAAAAGGUGAUUCCGUUAAACAAAGGCAAGACUCACAAGGAGAAGGUGAUUCCGUUAAACAAAGGCAAGACUCACAAGGAGAAGGAGAUACAUGUACCUUUGAAGAAAGGCAAGACUCACAAGGAGAAGGAGAUACAUGUACCUUUGAAGAAAGGCAAGACUCACAAGGAGAAGGUAUGUCAAGUAUACAUGAUGAAAAUGAGUUACGAGGAAAGGUGCAUCGCUGUAAAAAGAUUUUCAGCCAUAGAAAUGUUCCUGCUUACAACUUGAGAUCACAUCGAAAAAGGAACAGAUGUUUUUACUGUCAGAAAGAACUUAAAUGUGAUGCUAAAAGUCAUAUGAAAGAAAGGCUAAAUGAGUGUUCUCUUUCUUACGAGAAAUUUUCUGCGAAAAAGCGUCUGUCUCAUCAUCUACCAAAAAACGGAGAGAAAAAUCCACCUAAAUGUUCAUGUGAGAGUGGAUUUUCUCAGAAGAGAUUUUCAACAAAACAUAAUCAAAGACACAUCAGAGAGGAGUCAUAUGAAUGCUCAUUAUGUGAGAAAGGGUUUUCUAAUAAGAAAUAUCUGACUCAGCAUAUCAGAACGCACACAGGAAAAAAGCUAUAUGAAUGUUCAUUAUGUAAGAAAACAUUUGCUCAAAAGAGUAGUCUGACCAAUCAUAUCAAAACACACAAUGUAGAAAAACCAUACAAAUGUUCAAUAUGUACGAAAAGAUUUUCUUGGAACUUUUCUCUGACCCUUCAUCUCAGACAACACACAGGUGAAAAGCCAUUUGAAUGUUCACACUGUGAGAAAAGGUUUGCUCAAAAGAGUGAUUUGAAACUCCAUCUCAGAACACACACAAGAGAAAAGCCAUAUGAAUGUUCACACUGUAUGAAGAGAUUUUCUUUUAAAUCCUCCCUGACAGAUCAUCUGCGAAUACACACGGGAGAAAAGCCAUAUGAAUGUUCACAUUGUGAGAAAAUGUUUGCUCGAAAGAGUAGUCUUAAACUCCAUCUCAGAACACACACAGGAGAAAAGCCAUAUGAAUGUUCACAGUGUAUGAAGAUAUUUUCUUUUAAAUCCUCCCUGACAGAUCAUCUGCGAAUACACACGGGAGAAAAGCCAUUUGAAUGUUCACACUGUGAGAAAAGGUUUGCUCAAAAGAGUGAUCUGAAACUUCAUCUGAGGACGCACACAGGAGAAAAGCCAUUUGAAUGUUCACACUGUGAGAAAAGGUUUGCUCGAAAGAGUAAUCUGAAACUCCAUCUCAGAACACACAGAGGAGAAAAGCCAUAUGAAUGUUCACACUGUGAGAAAAGGUUUGCUCAAAAAAGUAGUCUGAAAUCCCAUCUUAGGACACACACAGGUAAAAAGCCAUAUAAAUGUUCACAGUGUAUGAAGAGAUUUUCUCUUAAAUCCUCCCUGACAUAUCAUCUGCGAAUACACACAGGAGAAAAGCCAUAUGAAUGUUCACACUGUGAGAAAAGGUUUGCUCAAAAGAGUGAUCUGAAACUUCAUCUGAGGACGCACACAGGAGAAAAGCCAUUUGAAUGUUCACACUGUGAGAAAAGGUUUGCUCGAAAGAGUAAUCUGAAACUCCAUCUCAGAACACACACAGGAGAAAAGCCAUAUGAAUGUUCACACUGUAAGAAAAGGUUUGCUCAAAAAAGUAGUCUGAAAUCCCAUCUUAGGACACACACAGGUGAAAAGCCAUAUAAAUGUUCACAGUGUAUGAAGAGAUUUUCUCUUAAAUCCUCCCUGACAGUUCAUCUGCGAAUACACACAGGAGAAAAGCCAUAUGAAUGUUCACACUGUGAGAAAAGGUUUGCUCAAAAGAGUGAUCUGAAACUUCAUCUGAGGACGCACACAGGAGAAAAGCCAUAUGAAUGUUCACACUGUGAGAAAAGGUUUGCUCAAAAAAGUAGUCUGAAAUCCCAUCUUAGGACACACAGGUGAAAAGCCAUAUGAAUGUUCACAGUGUAUGAAGAGAUUUUCUCUUAAAUCCUCCCUGACAGAUCAUCUGCGAAUACACACGGGGGAAAGGCCGUACGAAUGUUCACACCGUGCCAAGAGAUUUACACAAAGAAACCUAACUUUUCACCUUAGAACACACACAAAGGAAAAACCAUAGAAAUGUCCACAAUGUAAGACAAUGUUUUCUCGGAAAAGUAGUCUGAUACGUCAUGUCAGAACGCACACUGGAGAAAAGCCAUAUGAAUGUCCACACUGUAUGCAAAGAUUUUCUUAUAAAAAGCCUCUUGACUGUCAUCUGCGAAUACACGCAGGAGAGAGGCUGUAUAAAUGUUCAUUCUGUUACAAGGAAUUUUCUGAAAAAAGUCAUCUGGUAGAUCAUAUUUCAAUACAUACGGAAGAAAAGCCAUAUGAAUGUCCACUUUGUAAGAGGAUGUUUUCUCAACAAAGCGGAUUAACCCUUCAUUUCCGAACAAACACAGGAAUGUCAGUAAAAUAGCCAUUGGAAUGUUCACACUGUUCGGAAAGAUUUGCUCAAAAGAAGACACUUGUUAGUCAUUAUCAUCAUUGCCAUCAAUCCCAAGUUGUAAAUCCGGUUUUGUCUCUGUGAAUGAGGUUUCUGGAUUCACCCCACACUUGCAGCAAUCGCCCCCACCCCCUCCUAUCACUUUGCCCAAUUCAGUGCAUCCUUCGCCAUCAACCCAAUCCUUCUGGCUCUCUUCGUACACUUGCCUCUUCCAUUUCUUUGGCUGUCCCCUCCCCCUCGAACCACCCUCUCUUGAACUCAAAGCCCUCCUUAAGACGUGUCUGUCAUCCCUCCCGAGCAUGUGCCCAUACCAACGUACCACAUUCACCUUCGCCAACCGUUCCACUGUACUGGAAUGUUCUGAUUGACAUUACCCGUCUCAUCAUCUGUAAAGACAUAGUUAUGUGAUGUCAAUAUUGUAUGAGAGUAACCAAAUGAAUGACCAUACUGUAAUGACCUGAUAGAUGUUAUCUGACUAGUCAGCAGCUAAGAGAUAGAGUCAUGCUAAUGUCCAUGUUGUAAGAGAAAAGCCAGGUGAAUUACCAUACUUGUCUUGAUGGCAUUUAUUUCUCUCUUACUACCAGGAGAUACAUGUACAUUUGAAGAAAGGCAAGACUCACAAGGAGAAGGUAUGUCAAGUAAACGUGACGAAAAUGAGUUUGGAGGAAAGGUGCAUCGCUGUAAAAAGAUUUUCAGCCAUAGAAAUGUUCCUGUUUACAACUUGAGAUCACAUCGAAGAAGGAACAGAUGUUUUUGCUGUCAGAAAGAACUUAAAUGCGAUGCUCAAAGUCAUAUGAAAGAAAGGCCGAAUGAGUGUUCUCUUUAUCACGAGAAAUUUUCUGCGAAAAAGCAUCUGUCUCGUCAUCUACCAAAAAACAGAGAAAAAAAUUCACCUAAAUGUUCAUGUGAGAGUGGAUUUUCUCAGAAGAGAUUUUAAACAAAACGUAAUCAAAGAUACAUCAGAGAGGAGACAUAUGAAUGCUUAUGUGAGAAAGGGUUUUCUAAAAAGAAAUAUUUGACUCAGCAUAUCAGAACGCACACAGGAAAAAAGCUGUAUGAAUGUUCAUUAUGUAAGAAAACAUUUGCUCAAAAGAGUAGUCUGACCAAUCAUAUCAAAACACAAUGUAGAAAAACCAUACAAAUGUUCAAUAUGUACAAAAAGAUUUUCUUGGAAGCUUUCUCUGACCCUUCAUCUCAGAACACACACAGGAGAAAACCCAUAUGAAUGUUCACACUGUGAGAAAGGGUUUGCUCAAAAGAGUGAUCUGAUACGUCAUCUCAGAACACACAGAGGAGAAAAGCCAUUUGAAUGUUCACACUGUGAGAAAGGGUUUGCUAAAAAAAGUGAUCUGAUAUGUCAUCUCAGAACACACAGAAGAAAAGCCAUUUGAAUGUUCACACUGUGAGAAAGGGUUUGCUAAAAAAAGUGAUCUGAUAUGUCAUCUCAGAACACACAGAAGAAAAGCCAUUUGAAUGUUCACACUGUGAGAAAGGGUUUGCUCAAAAGAGUAGUCUGAAACCCCAUCUUAGGACGCACACAGGAGAAAAGCCAUAUGAAUGUUCACAUGGUGAGAAAAGUUUUUCUCAAAAAAGUAGUCUGAAACUCCAUCUCAGAACACACACAGAAGAAAAGCCAUAUGAAUGUUCACAGUGUAUGAAGAGAUUUUCUCUCAAAUCAUCCCUGACAGAUCAUCUGUGAAUACACACGGGAGAAAAGCCUUACGAAUGUUCACAAUGUUUUCUCGGAAAGGUAGUCUGAUACGUCAUGUCAGAAUGCACACUGGAGAAAAGCCAUAUGAAUGUCCACACUGUAUGCAAAUAUUUUCUUAUAAAAGGUCUCAUGACUGUCAUCUGCGAAUACACGCAGGAGAGAGGCUAUAUACAUAUUCGUUCUGUUACAAGGCCAUAUGAAUGUCCACUUUGUAAGAGGAUGUUUUCUCAACAAAGCGGUAUAACCCUUCAUUUCCGAACACACACAGGAGAAAAGCCAUUUGAAUGUUCACACUUUGAGAAAGGGUUUGCUCAAAAGAGUGAUCUGAAACUCCAUCUAAGGACGCACACAGGAGAAAUGCCAUAUGAAUGUUCACACUGAAUGCAAAGAUUUUCUUAUAAAAAGUCUCUUGACUGUCAUCUGCGAAUACACGCAGGAGAGAGGCUAUAUAAAUGUUCGUUCUGUUACAAGGAAUUUUCUGAGAAAAGUCAUCUGGUUGAUCAUAUUUCGAUACAUAACCCUUCAUUUCCAAACACACAGGAGAAAAGCCAUUUGAAUGUUCUUACUGUGAGAAAAGGUUUGCUCGAAAGAGUCAUCUGAAACUCCAUCUCAGAACACACACAGGAGAAAAGCCAUAUGAAUGUUCACAGUGUAUGAAGAGAUUUUCUCUUAAAUCCUUCCUGACAGAUCAUCUGCGAAUACACACAGGAGAAAAGCCAUUUGAAUUUUCACACUGUAAGAAAGGGUUUGCUUGAAAGAGUGGUCGGAAACCCCAUCUCAGAACACACACAGGAGAAAAGCCAUAUGAAUGUUCACACUGUGAGAAAAGGUUUUCUCAAACUAGUCUGAAACUCCAUCUCAGAAAACACACAGGAGAAAAGCCAUAUGAAUCUUCACACUGUGAGAAAAGGUUUGCUCGAAAGAGUAGUCCGAAACUCCAUCUCAGAUUACACAGGAGAAAAGCCAUACGAACCACCCACCUUGAACUCAAAGCCCUCCUUAAAACAUGCCCUCGUCACCCCUCAUGAAGCCCAAACCAACGUACCCCAUUGCCUUCGCCACCCAGUCCACUGCUUCUUUCGAUCCCGACAUCUGCAUCAUGUGCUCAGUUUUCUUCCUAUCUAUCAACUUCGCUCUUACCAUUGCUCUCAAGUUUAAUUUCAAGUUUGUCUAUUCAAAACUAAAAACAUCACAAUACAAUGAAAAUAAAUAUACAUACAAUGCAAAUGAGUACAUAAACAUGUAUCAAAUAGAUUAUAGCAUAGUUGAAUUGUUUUUUUUUUAGGACCCUUUUAAAAGCAAGGCUUGUGAGCAGGACCCUGGAAUAAAUACAUGACUAUUAACAUAAAAUAUAGGGUAUACUAAUCUACAAAAAAGAGGAUAAAAUUUUAAAUGUUUAGAUGCUAAACUAGAAUACAAACUAUUUACAAACACACGUAUAUGCACACUACCGCUUCCAUCCACCCACACAUGCACAUACUUGACAUUAAUGAAUAGGUCAUCAACUUAAAUGCAAAAAUGUACUAACAUACAUAUUGAAGGAAAAUAAAAAUAACCUUUCAAGAAAAUCAGUUUUGGAUUACCUUUUGAACAUGGAGUUUUACUAUUUUUUUAUAUCAACAGGUAAACCAUUCCACUCAUUAAUGCAGGAUAUAUGAAAGGAGGUCAGAGUGGCAUUUGUUCUUGCAAAAGGCUGACGAACAAAAGUUCUUUGACUUGUGUUAUAAUUAUGUAUCUGUGAAUUCUGAAGAUCUUUUUUUUUUCUCCCCGACACCAUGUCCUUCUUCCACACAGUAUCACCAAUCUCAAACAACUCGUGCACCAUUCCUUUGAUCUACAAGGAAAUAUUUAGCUGUAUAGUAGCUCUCUUUGCUCUAUCUGUGACACCCACACUUACCAUGUCCCCCAGGUAUCCUCCCUAAUCACACAACAUUUCCUCCUCUUCCACCAUACAUCAAACUUAUUUCUGGCAUCGUCCACACAUGGAAUCUCUUGCGAAGCUAGCUAGGGGUAAUGGCUUUCCUCACCAUUGCUUCUGGUAUACCAGAGAAUUGUAAUCGUCUGUGAAUAGUAGGAGAAAACCCAGAUGUUGUAGGAGAAAAGACAGAUGAAUGACCAUAAUGUUAUAUGUUAUGAUAGAUGAUAUCUGACUAGGCUGGAAAGACAUGAAGGCCUGUAUUUUGAUAGCAGGUUUAAAGUUGUGGUUUAAGUAUGGAGAGCCAAUUGUUACAUAAAUCACUAAUAGUAGAUAUAUCAUACUUCAGCUCAUCUGGCUCUCAAAUAAUUCAUAAUUGUCUAGGAAGUAUAAAUAUAUGAUUGUACUCACCAUCGAUUAAUCAGUAAAGAGCACAGUAAACAUAAGAAACAUACAACUCCAUAAAAUUUUUGAUACUAAUGGCUUCCCAUACUUAAACCACAAGUUUAAACUUGAGUUUAAGUUAAACCUGACUUCAGAAUACGGGCCCAUGUCAUUUGAAUAUCAGAGUUGUACCAGGGCAUGUCCGUCCAAGGGAUUUGUUCACAAGAUACUGACAGGUCUUUCAAUCUUUUUGUUAUUCAUUUGAUUUAACACCUCAAAAGUUAGAGCCACAUGUUUCAUUACAAAUCAUCAUAGUCACUAUUCUGACAAAACUAUCAAGACUGUAGGAAAGCUCCAAUUGAAAGAAAAAUAGCAGUUUGUAGAGGUGAAGUCCACCCCAGAAAAAUGUUGAUUUGAAUCAAUUCAGAAAAAUCAAACUAGCAUAAUAUUGAAAAUUUUCAUCAAAAUUGGAUGUAAAAUAAGAAAGUUAUGACAUUUUAAAGUUUUGGCUUACUUUUCACAAAACAGUGAUAUGCAUAUCUCAGUGUCAUGCAAAUUUAUUUUAUUUAUUGUGUGAAUUAUACAAUAUUUCAUUUUUUUACCUAAGGACCAACUGGAAUGAACCAUAUAGUAUUAAUCCUAAUUCCACAUGUUCAGGGUAGAUUAAACAUUGUUUCACUUGACAAUGCAGAGAAAAUUAGAAUAUUUCAUCUUUCAUAUAACAAAAUACACAAAAUUAGUGAGUGGAUGAGGUCAUCAGUCUUGCAUUUGCAUACCGACCAGGAUGUGCAAUCAAGCAAAACUUUAAAAAAAAUAUAUUUUCCUUCUUCAGAGGUACUUUAUUCUUCAUAUUCCUUUCUCAUUUAACAAUUUCUUUCGAGGCACAGUGCGUGUAGAGUUACAAAACAAGUUACAUAUAAACAUGUAAUAGACAUCAACUAUUUAAUCUAAAAUGUAAUAAACAUGAAAUUUCUCUUUAGGGUUAAAGCUCUUUGAACAUUUGAAUUAAAUGAACAUUGGAUUUAAAUCGCCAUUUUACAUAAAAAAAGUAUCUCUUUCUUGAACUCAUACCAAAUUGAAUAUAUAUUAAAAGCUCUUCCUUGCAUCUUAAACAUGACAUAGGAUUUGUAUAUUGCAUACUGUGCAAAUAUUAUAAACAAACUAACGAACGUAAAUUUGCGAUCGUGAAUUUUGUAUCCAAUGAACAACGUCGUUUCAUUAAUAGGAAUUGUCAUUUUAAACAUACAUUGCAGAACAUAAAAUGUUAUAACUAUUGUUUUACAUCCGAUUUUGAUGAAAUUUUCAUUGUUUUGCUUGUUGGAUUUUUCUCCUUUUAUUCAAAUCCACUUUUUGUUGGGGUGAACUGUUCCUUUAAUAUGGGAUUCCUGCCAAAAUUUGGCACAAACCUUAAAUGAUCAGAGAUUGGACUAUUGAAUAUUCCAAAAUCUCCAAAAGAGAUACAAAAUUUCCAUGAGGAAUUUUUAAAGAGUCAUGUAAACACAUUGACAAUAACAUCUAUUUUGUCAUACCAUCAACAAAGUACUUUCAGGAUAGUAUAUGGGGCCUUUUUUGUGGUUAAUUUCAGUUUGUCAAUUACAUGAAAAUGCAAUGUACAUUUAAAUGAAGUAGGGGGACUUUUAAGAGAUUUUUUUUAAAGCUAAUUUGUUUUAUCUUAUAGAGGCACUUUAUUGAGAAGUCAUGAGGGGAAAUCUGGCCCAUUUCAGAAAUAAAGAGUAUUCAAAUGGCCCAUAACAACGCUUAGCAAUGAUCGUAUAACUUUUUUAUGAUUGAUUGCUUUGACUAUAAGCAAUUAAUUGUGAUAAUCAUAGGUACGAUUUAUGGCUAACCCAUGUGUUAGAUAAUCCUGUUUUAAAACAAGGUUAUGUGUGCCAUGAGCCUUGAUUAUGAAGAAAAAUGUACUCUGGUUCGUAGGCCACUUUACCUUCAAUCAUGUUGUAAACGUUGGUAAACCGUUUUAUGUUGUGUAAGGGCUUGUUUCAAACAGCUGUUCAUUUGGAAAUUCAUUACUAGGAAUACUAUCAGACCUGGGGGGUGUUUCACAAAGAUUUACGUAUAAUGUAAGUCGCACUUAAAUGCCGAGUGAUCCUUUCUUGUGCUAUGUGAUAUCCCUAUGUAAUUGAGUUAUGACCUAAGAGCAUAUUCCAGUUGUGCGUAAAGUUGUGCGGAACUUUACGAACAGCUUUAUGAAACACCCACCUGGUGGGUGUUUCAUAAAGCCGGUUGUAAGUCUUGAGUGACUUUACGAACGACUUGUGACUCUUUCUUAUGCGAUAUAUCAACAUCAAUGAAAGGGCUGGUGACCAAACGUUCCUAAAGACGAAUGUAACUUAUAAACAGCUUUAUGAAACACCCCCAGGAGUCCUGAGUGUGUUGCGUAAUCAGCACCAGUAUAUGUCUGUCAAAAGGCAAUCGUUAUUAAGCCAACAGGCAUCGUGCAAUUAACUGCUAUCUUUCAAAAAUUCAAAUUUUCAAAAUAACUUUAAAAUAGUCCAGUCUUUGUUUACAGGCAUUAAAUGAGUAUAAUGCGAGGUCACUUGGUUAUGGUUAACUGUUAUUUAUUAUGAUAAGAAAUUGUAUUUUUUCAUUGGUUUAAAAGAAUCUGAUCAUGUUAAAUGAUACUUUUAUGAGAUGAUUAUUGGAUAUCACAAAUUAUUUUGAAGGGAUAUCAUGUUUCUAAGUCAAGGUCAAAGGUCAUUUUGCGGGGUCAAUGAACUUUGGCUUUUAUAAUCAAAUAUGUGUUUUCUUAUUUUGAAAAUGGAUCUAACUUUUGUUUUCCCCAAGCCCAUCAAGAUGGUAGGAUCAACUGUCCGCCAUGAUGUGAGUUAAAUUUCAGGUCAUUCAAGGGUCAAAAACUUGAAUGAAAAUUGAUGUUUUGCCUUAAAUUUGUCAAAAUAUGUGAAUGAAAAUUGACGCUUUGUUUUAAUUUUGUAGCAAAUGGCCAUAUCCAAUAAUUUCUUUCUUCCAUUAAGCAGGGCAUCCUAAAAAUUGCCCCUUCAUAGCCUUGGAUUUAUUCAAAGGAUAGAUUUAAAUGAGCAAAUGUUUGAUGACUUGACACCAGUCUUCCUAUAUUGAUUUAAUUUACAGAGGCAAGACUGUCAGAGACGAAUUCUGGGUUGUGUUCACAGUAUGCCCGUUCUUGUGUUAAAGCCUUCAUGAGGCUUUCAGGCAACUGUUUUCUUUGUUUUUCAUUGUAUUUGUCACUGUUUUAUAUCAAACAUGUAGCAGGACUUUUCUUUGAUUGUACACAUUAAAUUGAUGUUGAAAAGUUAUUAUGAUA